UAUAAAUUAUUUUUAUAUAGAUAUGCUCAAUCGUGCGAUUAAUAUUGGUUUUCGUAAAGCAUUGCCUCAAUAUACUUUCUCAUCAAGAAGUAAAGUGGUUGUUCAAAUAUCAUAGAUGGACCUUACAAUCCAAACAGGUAUCGACAUUAUUUGAAUCCCAACUUUUUCUAAUCUAACAAAGAAAUUGCUGAUAUAGCCAAAUCACAAUAAGUACCCCUUCCAGGUAUGUUAAACUUGAUUAUUCAAAGUGCGUAAUGUCAGACAUGUCAAUCCAGUCAGACAAUCAGGCCCACUGCCUCCAUAUGAUGGUCCAUAUACGUACUAUCCUCCGUUAUAUUAUUCUCUAGUAUGGAAGAUGUAAGAGCUGUGUGGCAAAACACUUCAAUCGGUAGACAGGGAACUUGGAGUUGUUAAAUGGACCCAGAUGAAAUCAUGAGAAGAGUGCCUGGUAUGUUCAAUCAUUAAAAUGGUUAGGAAUCACAAGAAGAGAAGUGGAGAAGAUCUUGAAUAUGGGUUUAACACCAUAAGAAUAAGUGGAUUUUGCAUAUCUAGUUUAUAAUUGUGGUUUCGAUGUGGACUAUGUUCCAAACAGUGUUUAUGUUGCAAGACAAGUAGUGACCAAUUCAAAGGGAGAGAAGGUUGAAAUUCUUUGGAAUGUUCAAGUCUUGGAAGAUUUGGCUAAACUACCUGUUGGAUUUGCACCUGUGAGGGAAUUGAUAGAUUAUCAUUGGGAAAUUUUCCUGUGGUCAGAUCCUAUGAUCAAACCAACAGGUGAUUUGGAUUUGGGUGUGCCUAAUACUUGGUUCGAAUAUGAAUGCGAAUGUAAAUGUGACCUUUGAUCUUUCUAUAGGGGGAGGUGAAAUGGUUGGAAUCGAAGAUCAAUUCAAUAUUCCUGAGAGUGACAGAAUCUUUCCUUCACCCAGAAAUCCAAACUGCAGAAGAGAAUUGUGGAAGUCAUAGGAUGAUAUCUAAGAACAAUUGGAAAUGGAAGGUUUAUUAUUGUUAUUACUUUAAUUUAGAUGAGAAUUGGUAUCCAAAGGGAACAUCCUACAACAUUUAUUAAUAAGCUGACUACAAAAAAGUAACUAAAUCGGACAGCACAUUCUAAGAAAAAAUAUGAUAAUUUAAAGCAUAUUGAAUCAAUAUUAAAUAAUAUUAUUCCA